AUGGAUCCCACUACAAAACAUGUUGAUCGUAUAAAGGGACCAUGGAGCAGCGAAGAAGACGAGUUAUUGUGUAAGUUAGUAAGUCAACACGGAGCACGGAGCUGGACAUCGAUUAGCAAGUCGAUUCCAGGGAGAUCUGGUAAAUCAUGUCGUCUCCGUUGGUGUAACCAGCUGUCGCCGGAGGUAGAACAUCGGCCGUUCACUGUAGAGGAUGAUGAGGUUAUCAUGAAGGCGCAUGCUCAGUUCGGGAACAAAUGGGCUACGAUCGCUAGGUUGCUCAACGGACGUACGGAUAACGCCGUUAAAAACCACUGGAAUUCGACGUUGAAGCGCAAGUAUGCGGCGGCGGACGGCGGAGAUGAAGGUGAGAGAUAUCCGCGGAUGAUGAAGAUGACGGAGAAAGAUGUCAAUGCGAAGGUGGUUGCGGUUACGAUUACGAACUCUGGUAGUUUAUCCGGAUCAGAUGUGUGCGAUUCAGAUAACAAUAUUCCGGCACCGUCUGCCGGAGAAACAUGUAUAACGUCACCGGGAUUUGGACAGAAGGUUGAAAUGGAUCCUCCGACGGCGUUAACUCUGGCGUUACCUGGAACAGGUUCGUAUUCGUAUGAGAUCUGUAAUGAAGUGAAGAAGAAGAUCAAUGCGACGUCGUUUAGCAAUGAGAUUCUUUCAGUGAUGCAGGAGAUGGUACGUAAUGAAGUGAGGAAAUACAUGGAGUGUGAAGAAGGGUUGAUGCAAGUGUGA